GGUUCUGGUACCUCUGUCGCCAUUCCUAUCCAGAUCCAAGCAGAGUCAAAACAAGGAGAUAAAAUGGAGGAAGAGAGAUUGUGUCUGGUAGAAGAUGUGCAAUUAGCUAGACUGGACAAGGUAGAAAAGGCACAUGAGAGAGAUAAUACUCAUUUGAUGAUUCUUGCACGCUCUGCAGAAUUAAUGUCAGAAUCGGAAGUAAUAGCUUCGGAAAGUGAUGAGAAUCUCUAUAAGCUUGAUUCAGUGGGAGUAGUUGCUUAUAGACCAAGUGAAAAAGAUGGCUCCAUUGACAAAACAAAACGGCUUCGAUUAAGUCAAAUUAGGCAUCAAGCUCGGAUUAAGAAUUGUUUACCGGUACCAAGGACGUUAAGGGAAUGCAAAGGUGUGCAAAGAGAACAAAGAAAAAGCCGACUUACUCAAAUUCGGCAUCAAGCUCGGUCCAAAAUUCAUGUGUUAUCGUUAUCUCAAGUGGAGACUGGAGGAUGUCCAAAUGGCAACUUGAUAAAAGGAUUAACCAACUUAACAGAAGUUCGGAAUCAAGCUCAUUCUCCAUUAAACUCAACUGAGAAUACUAUGGAUUUGCAAGAAAGGAAUGGAGAGCAUGUCGAAAGCAAUUUGGAUCGAUAUGUAUGUGAAGUGGAUUUGGAAGACGAGAACAGGAUGAUGCAUGUGAAAGGAAGAGUACGCUUAAGUCACAUAAGACGUGUAGCCCGGAUGGGUGAUGCAUUUCAUUUGCAACGAUGUUGGAAUUCUGUAUAGCAGUGAUAUUGUGCAGGAGAAUGCAAUGUAGAUUUCUGAGGCUGUGAAUGCUCAACUGAUAUUGGUUAAAGGUCCCUUCUUUUGUGUCUUGAUUCCUGAAUUCGAGCUGAAUAGAAGAAGUUAGCGAAUUCAGGUAAAUCCGCUUUUGACACCUUUUAAAAGGUUUCGAUGGUAAAUUUUUGUUAAAUUCUUCUCCUUGUAAAGUUUGGAACUUUAUUUGUUACUGUCAUGAAAUUUGACUUCGAUUUAAAUUUUGCAACUUUAUUCAAUCUGGCGCUUACACUAACCGAGACUACCAAGUUAUUUUGUUAUAAAUAGUUCUUUGCCCA